AGGAUAUAAACACCGUGCGUCCCUGCGCAUCAAUGAAACCCGACAGCAGCGCGCGCGAUGUUUCUCCUCACAGCGUUGGUUCUGCCGGUCCUCUGUGCAGCCGGUUGGGCGGCGGACGCUCACUCGUACCGGCGCACGGAUCCGGUCACCGGGCAGCUGCUGCUGUGUGACAGGUGCCCGCCGGGAACGCGCCUGCGCGCGCACUGCACGCGCUCCCGCCAGACUGAGUGCGCGCCUUGUGGUCCGGGUCUGUUCACGGAGUUCUGGAACUACAUCCCGGACUGCCUGCGGUGCGACGCCUGCUCCGAUCACCAGCGCGCCGUUCAGCCGUGUAACGGAACCGUGAACACGGUGUGCGAGUGUGAGGCGGGGUUCUUCUGGGACCAGCACUUCUGCAGGAGACACAGCGCCUGCAAACCGGGCCACGGAGUCAAAGCUCCAGGGACGCCACACAGAGACACGGUGUGUGAGCUCUGCGCAGACGGACACUAUGCAGACGUCACGCAGACGCAUGCAGCAUGCGUUACUCACAGCGCAUGCAAGACUGACGAACAGCUGGUGCUGCCGGGAUCCAGGUGGCAUGAUAAUGUGUGUGCAACCUGUGACCAUCUCACACAAAAAGGUUUGGUAGAUUUAUUCAAGCCGGUUCUGUCCGGUCUGCACGUUCAGUACAGGACUUCCACUGAGCGUCUGCAGAAGUUAGUGGACCGCCGUCUGCGCAGGAAGAGGUUUGGCAAGCGAGCUGCGCUACAUCCGAUGCAGCGGCUCCAGCACUGGAGCAAAGAGACGUCAGAGGAGGAGUCGCUGAACCUGCCGUCUAUCCUGGAGGAGUCACACCUCAAUCCGCUUGUGGACUGGAUCGCACGCAACAUCCUGCGAUUCCAGCAGCACUGCACUAACACUGCACUGCUAACAGUAUGACAGAUGAAGCCUGUUCACACUGCACUGAUUUGAGUUUGAUACUGUCUCACCUGCUUUAUAAAAUCUAGAAGUGCAUCAGAUUUUGUUGUGACCGUUAGAUACUUUGACAUCUGGAUCAGUUUAAGGCUUCAGUGAAGGAUGUUGGAUGUGUGACACUCAGAUUGUACUCAUGCACUUUACAGUCUGUCCUGUCAAUAAAUUUCACUUGCUGUGUUGCACUAGACUCCACUGUUUUGUAAAUAAUACAGAUGAUUUUUUUAAUAUUGGUUUUGCAUUGAAAGAUUGUUCUCUAUUUAUUGACCAAACUGUAUCAGACUACAAAA